AUCGGGUCCAGCCCGUAACAGUUGGUGAACAGGACGAUCGAUUGGCAGGUGACAAGCUCUCGUUUGCUCAAUUCGCAGCCAUCUGGUGUCUGACGUUUCUCGGAUUUUAUCAUCCUUUCGCCGCCGAUGCUAGCCUAUUGCAUCGUAAUCCUUUGUCUGGCAAUCGUCGCUAUUGUCCCUGGCUUCCUCUUCAGAUCAUGCGUUGAACCAGUCUGUGGUCCUUUCGCUUGCAGCAGAACUGUAACCGCGGCCGACGUCUUGUUUGCUGCCUUCUUCCCAUGCCAUUAUGUCCUCGAUUCCUGGCUGAACUACAGCAUGUGGUUCAUCGGAGACGAAUGGAAAGACUCAAGCUCCGCGGAAGCAUUAGCGCCGAAACCUCAGGAUUCAGAGAAGGCAGUCGAACACAGAAGCGGCAAGCCAAACUUGAAAUGAUCGAGAGCACGAGACUUUCCGACAAAUCGACAUGUACACUUCGGCAAAGUGUACCUAAGAUCCAUCAUCCUUAGAAUUGAGCAAAGGUACAUUUCAAUCCAGUUCGGCAUUGGCGAUGGAGGGC